AUGCGUUCCCGCAACAAGAACACCACGACCUACAAUGACGGUACCAGAGAAGCCAAGCCCUCUCUCCUCCAGCGGCUCCUCCGCCUCUUUCAAUUCCUCUCCGCGUUCACCUCUCUGAUCCUAUUCUCCGUGCGUCUCGCAAAGAUCAUCCGACUCACCAAGCGCGCCACACACUCCAACGGAGCCGUCGAAGGCAUUCUCGCUGCCGCGGUCCUCUACACCCUUGUCGCCAUGGCCCUCACCUUCGUCAUCAAAGGCACCGGCUCUAACAUGCUUCGCAUGCUCUUCAUCGUCUUGGAUGUUCUGUUCGUUGGAGGCUUCAUCGCUGUUGCUGUCCUGACGAGCCCGGGCCGCCAUGGAUCGAGCGGACCUUGCACUCCAUUAUACUGGACAUUCUCGGAAGGCCAUGCUUGGAGACACCCAAGUAAGGUCAAUUGCGAGUUGCCUUGGGGAACAUUCUUCCUGGCGAUCUUGAGCACACUCUUGCAUGCAGCUACUGCUGUCUACCACAUUGUCAAGGACCGUCGUCGCGCAAGAAAGAACACCGGGGUGGUUGGCAAGGAAGUCCCUCGCAAUAAUGGUGUCCAUGCUACUGGUGUUCAUGAUACUGGCGCCACUCGUACCAUCGGCGAUCCUUACGGCAAUAGCUACGAUCAUAGACACGUCUAA